ACUGGUGCCUUACGGAUUGAGCAUAAUCACAGCUUGGCUAUAUAUAUUUCUACUUUGACCAGCAUAAAAUUACAAAUCUUCUUUAAUUUUCAAUGGCUCCCAGCUACAUACCCAAGCUGGGUACCGCACCCAACGUCCCUCGCGAUGCUAAAGAGACCUAUAACACACUUAAACGUGGUGGUGUUGUCAUUGUCCCAACCGAUGUUGGCUACGCACUCUUGACAAGCACACAGGCUGGAAUCCAGCGGAUUUUCUCAGCAAAAAACCGUCGGGAAGGCCAUAACAUAGGUAUAAUCGGAACAUACAAACAACACCGCGAAAUCCAUGUACUCUCCGAGGCCAAGUUUGAGAUGACACGGGUCCUGACAGAAGAUAUGGCAAUGAUUGUUGGGAUCAUUGCUAAAUAUGAUACUGAAAACCUUCACCCACGUUUGGCAACCCUUGAUCCCGCUACGCUAUCCCAGGUUACCAAGGGUGAUACGGUUAGUAUCGCAGUUCCCGAAGGUCCAUUUCUACGGGAACUUGGUCGCCUUUGCGAUGAGGACCCCGAGGGCAUGUUAAUGUUCGGAACUUCGGCCAAUCUGACCGGCCAGGGACAACGAUUCCGUGUUGAAGAUAUUGAGUCAAGAGUGAUUGACGUGGUAGACUUGGUGGUGGAUUACGGUUUACAGAAAUGGCAGGCGUACAGGCGUGGUGGCGUGAAUUUCGAUGCAGAGAACAUGAAGGUUCUACGGAAGGGAGCCGGGUACGAGGUCUUCCGCGACCGAAUGCUAAGAUGGUUCCCUAAUCUACUGAAGGAUGCCGGUGUAAGCAUUGAGGAGGAUCCUGAUUUCCAGACUAGCGAGCCUGGAAUGCCUGCUACCUAAAUCAAAGUUUUUCGCACCUUCCCCCUGCGCGUAAAGAUUCCUCCGUUCUUGUUUAGGUUCGUAUAGCUGUCCGUUUGCAGCGUAAAGCAUGUUGUCUACUAGGCAAGCUGUAGCAUGAUAUAACAGUAUUGUUACCACCGAAUGGAGCUGGCAGUGUAGUAAACAAAUACCAAUGAGUCUAUUAAAUUGAUUAUACAAAAAGAAACAAGC